AUGGAUAGGGUCGAGGCUCAUCUCCAUGCAUCCUCUUGGUAUGAGGCUCUCCUCACAGCAACCAGCACCAUUGAUAAGCUUAUGCGCCAAAAGAAGUAUGAAGAAGCCUUCACGUUUGCCACAAACGCUCUGCACAUGUUUGCGGUAUACAAGUGCCCGAACCCGGACGAGUACAAGGGCCUUGUUGUGAAGAUAAUUACGUGUCUUGCAAAGCAAAAGAAUCAAGUUGUUGUUAUAGAUGGAUUACGACUGGCCUUUGAGGCGCUUGCAGUUAUUCAGGUAACAGAUGUGGACCAGUUGGGUGCUGCCAUAGAAACCUGGUUUUCCAACACCGGGGUACCCAUGGGACCCGACCUUCUCUCGUGGAUUGGCCCGUAUCUCCCUCCCGACCAACAGUACGCCACAGCCGCUCGCGGGUGCUAUCUCAAUCCUCUACUGAUGAAAACAGAGAAGGCAUUUUGCCUUUAUGUUCUUCAUUCCCUUGCCGCUGGGAACUUGCGUCUAGCUAAGAUGAUCACAGAAGCCUACUCUGGCGAUAGUGGGUCUCUAGCUGACGUAGCAAGCCUUUCAGUGCUGGUCGCCCAAAAGCAGUCUCUUAAAGGGAUCAAGCUGAUAAAAACGCGGUGCCGAGACGUGCUUACUCAAGACAUGCGGACACUCCUAGGGACAAUCCAGCUAAAGUUCUGCCCCGCAGCUUGCACCGACGAGGAGCUCGACUGA